UGGAGUACCUGGAAAUCAGUCGCAUAUGGAGCUUAUCAGCGAGAGCGAUGUGGACUCUGAAACGGGGUCAAAAUAGUGAAACAUCCCGGGGAAUAUCGCUGGAUUUGUGGCUCCGAUAGUUUUGAAAACAUCCUUAUACUCCACUAACAGCACUGGAUGUAUGAAAAGAAGAUUUCGAGGGGAAUCAUUUGUAAAUUACUUUAUAUUUCGCCUGACGCUACCUCAUAAACAACGGCCUCUCACAGUCUUAAUGCUGUGCUCGCUUGAAAGAAAAGGAUGAAUGUUUGAUUCCUCGCCGCAUCGCCUUCCUCUCUUUUUCCCGGCCCGUGUGUGUUGGACCUGCUAUGGUGGACUCGAAUGCAAUGAGGAAGACUUUUGUUGUCCCGGACAUAAAGCCAUUGGAUCAGUAUGAUUUGACCAGAGCCAGAAUCUGCGCCAGUGUCGGGUGGCUGCUGGCAAAAUAUUACGGCAAUGCAGAGAAUGUCCCGGUGGAGCUGCGAGACCCGUUCUACUGUGACCAGUAUGAGCAAGAGCAUCUGAAGCCUCCCGUCACACGCCUGCUUCUGUCCCCUGAAAUCUACUGUCGCACUUACGGCCUUCUGCUGGGUGGAAGCCCGGGGGUCGAGGGCCCCCCCAAAGACAUCCCAGGCCUCCUACAGCUCCUGGCCAGAAAGGGCUUGGCACCCAAAGACCAGAAUGCUCCUGUGACAGAGGCUGAGCUCUGCCAGAAGCCCAUCAAAAUGAGUGCCCACUUGGAGUUGAUAGAUGCCUUAAUGACAGUGGGUGCCAUGGAGACGGUGAGUGCAGUCAUGGCGAGUGGCGGAUCCAAGCUGCUUGGUACAGAUGCAAGCUGGGACAGAGCCCUGCUGUGCUGGGUAAACCUGCUGAAUCAAAAAUUGAAGGAGCAAAUAGAAGGUACACAGACUGAUGCGUCUCGGCCUUGCUGUGAACCACAGCCUGUUCAGCCUUUGUGUCCCACCCGCUGGUACUGGAAACUUGUUCCUAUCCGGUACAGGAAGGACAGGAUGCAGUCUAAGCUCAAACCUUGUUUUCCUGUGGUGACUGAAGUGAAGGAUCUCUCAAACGGAUGUGCCGUUGCUGCUGUUAUUCACUAUUACUGUCCUGGUCUGCUGAGAUUAGAGGAUGUCUGUAUGAAGGAUGCCAUGUCUGCAGCUGACAGCCUGUACAACCUACAGCUGAUUCGAGAGUUCUGUGACAGCUGUCUGAAGAGCUGCUGCCCUCUAGUGCUGGAGGAUUUUCUCUACAGCCCAGAAGAAUUAAAGAUGAACAUCCUGAGCUUUCUGACAGACCUCUUGUAUUGGUUUGAGGUGUCAAAGCCAGAGUUUGUUCAGCCCCUGCAGGACUCGGAGCUUACUGAAACCUCUGGAAGGACUGAUAACGGCAACAGUGGAACCAGUAAUAGUGGUUCUCCCUCCAUCUUCAAAAAGCCCUUCCUGCCCAUCUCUUCCCCUGUGACUGCAGCAACAGGAUCUCUGACUCAGUCUACCUCAAUGUCUCACGUAGAGGCAGCUGGAGGAACAUGGACUAAGAAACCGCUCAGUCGCCCCCUUUCCUCUGCAGUGUCAUUUAGUAUACCUUUUGGUCUGGACAGUGAUGUGGACAUUGUGAUGGGGAACCCUGUAAUUACUCGAUCUGUCAGCUCUGACAAUCUCAACCCUGCUGCCCAAUCCAUGACACGAGUCCCCUACACUCCAUCGGAGGAUCUUAGCCACUUGCUGAGUAAGGACCCUGGCACCAAUGGCCCUCAGAGAGCUUCUUGGGCCACUCGGACUCGUCCAAUGCUGGCUGAGGAGAAUGGCAUUGAUGAGAGCGAGACAGGUGAGUUGCCCACCAUCGAAGAGGCACUGCAGAUCAUCCACAAUGAGGAGAAGAUGGAGCCGCGCCUUCACCCUGAUGGGGCGCCUGACGGUUUCUACCUGCAUUCACCAGAUGAUCCAGCAAAUUCCAGACACAAUGGCAGCCCUGUGGCUCUCAGCUCGUCAGCACCAUCACGCUCAGGAAUGCUCUACCACCAAUCCUCAGGAGUGCCACCAGAGCCUAGCCGCACCAGACACACCUCAGAAGGCUCCAGAGAUGACGACUCUGUGUUAAGAGAUGGAAGCGUGGAUUCUGAUGCUUCAGAAGACCUUCCAAAAACCCACUCUACCCCUGCCACACCCGCCUCUGGGCCUCGCAUAACGCAACCAUGUGGAGAAGAGACACCAGACAGCGGCGUUAGAAUGACCAGCUUCGCCGAACGGAAGAAGAAACUUGGUCCUGAGCAGGUACAGCCCAAUGAGCCACUGGCUCUGCAAAUGAUUACUUGGGCCAAGAAAUCAGAGGAGAGCCCCAGCAAAAGUCCUGCUCUUGGCACAGAGAUGUCAGAAUUGGGUGCGAGACUGGAGGAGAAGCGUAAGGCCAUUGAAGCUCAGAAGAAACGCAUUGAGGCCAUCUUUGCCAAACACCGACAGAGGCUGGGAAAAAGUGCCUUCCUACAGCUGAAAAAGGAGCAAGUGGACGAGAAUGGUGAGGAAGAGCAUCAAGGGGAGGUCAUCACCUCCUCCAUAGAGGACGACCUGAACCGCUUGCCACUGGAGGAGAGACUGGCAUGUUUGGAGAGGGAGGAGCAGCAGGAGGAGCAACAAGGGGAACAGCUGAAAAAAUGGGAGAAAGUGGGGAACAUUAAUCCCUCUGCGCAACAGGACAAUCCAGCAGAGGAAGACAAAGCUGAAGUAGGGGUACCUGGAGGGAAAGGCACGGCCCCACUGGGUGAUUACAACAACGCAGUGUCUAAACUAAGCGCUGCUCUUAAUUCUCUUCAGAACGAUAUGCAACGCCUCUCAGAGCAGCAGAACCAGCUGAUGAGGAAGAAAGCGGCUGCCAACAACCAGGCUUGGGUCAUCCCUCCGAGCUCCAAACCAACAAAUGCCCCUUCUCGUCUGUCAAGGGACUUUACUCGUGACCGACCCUCUACCUCUUCCUCUCCUUCCCCAUCACGCAAGAAAGCAAGUCACACCGCACCCCCAAAAUCACCUGGGUCCCACCGAAGGGUGCAAUCUGCACCUCCGAAAAGCCCCAAACUGCACCAGCACUCUCGGCCUGCAGAGCUCAAGACGCCUGCUUCCACACGAUUUAUAACUCUUCCUCAGAGUGUGGAAAACCUCCCUCACUUACGAAGAGGCUCACCGUGGCAGUAUGGGGACCAUAAUUCAUCUUCUUUCAGCAUAGGCACACCCAAUCAGAGUGAAUCCCGUUCAGCUUCCUCCUUAGCCAGACCUGAAGACAACUUCUCAGACACCGGCUCUAGUGAGGACCAUAUAAUCUUUAGUAUGGACCUGGAGGGCGGAUCCUCUCAGGCUCUUUCCCGAAAGGAGCGUCAAGGUGGCAGCAGCUCAGGAGCUCCUUCUGAAUGCUCUUUUGAAAGUGAUGUUCCUGCAGCGGCUUUCAACAGCAAGCGUGGCAGCCUUAUCGAGAUCUCUUUAUCCUCUCUGAAAGCACUGGAAGGUGAAGAGGCUGAUCAGAGCCAGGACAUUUUCUCAGACUCAAUGAGUGACCAGACAGAGCCAGAAAUAAGGGGAGGAGUUGGAUUUUUCUAUAAGCAGGAAGAAGCUCGACCUGAGGAUGAGAUGGCUCAGAAAAGAGCUGCAUUACUUGAGAAACAACAGAAAAGAGCAGAGGAAAUGAAGAGACGAAAACAGGAGCAAGAAAGAGAGAGGGAGGCGAGCAGGUCUUCUUUAGUGGAUGACUCCUGUAAAGGGGAGGAGAGACCCCAGACUCCUUGCACUCCUCCACCUCCCCGCACCCCUCCACCAGAGGGCACACCUCAGCGCCGUGGAGACUUUACCCGCCAAGAGUACGAACGGCGUCAUCAGCUUAAAAUAAUGGAGGACCUAGAUAAAGUUCUCCGCCAGAAGCCCACUACGGUCAGAGGGGUCAAAAAGCAGAGGCCCAAAACCGUGUUUAGAGAUGACUCCGACCUUUCCCGCAGCCCUGCCAAAGGGUUAAUGGGUUCUAGGCUAAAUAAAGUUUACUCCCAUUCGACAACGAAUCUGUCCUCAAUGGCCAAUGACAGCGGGACCCUAAGUGUCAGGAAAUCUCCAAGUCGGUCUCAUUCACCAUCCAGACUGAUGUCUCCAGGCCGUCUUGCUGCGCAGAAUGGUGACUGGGAAAAUGGAUCUACUAUUUCAUCCCCGGCCUCCAUCCCAGAAUACACUGGGCCUAAACUCUACAAGGAGCCAAGCUUCAAGUCCAAUAAGUUCAUUAUCCAUAAUGCCAUUUCACGGUGUUGUUUGGCAGGCAAGGUCAACGAACCCCAAAAAAACAAGAUUGUAGAGGAAAUGGAGAAAAGCACUGCAAACCAUUUCCUCAUCCUGUUCCGGGACGCCAGCUGUCAGUUUCGGGCAGUGUACACCAUGAACCUUGAGACGGAGGAGAUGGUCCGGCUAACAGGCGUCGGCCCACGUGUCAUUAGUCCCUCUAUGGUGGAGUCCAUCUACAAGUACAGCUCUGACCGCAAGCAGUUCACAGCCAUCCCCUCCAAGACCAUGUCCAUGAGUGUGGAUGCCUUCACCAUUCCCAGUCACCUAUGGGAGCGCAAACGCCCGGGAACCCCAAAGAAGCUCGGGACCCCAAAAUAAAACCUGCUGGAAAUGCCAUCAAUGCCUGAGCUGGCCCUGACACCCCAGGUUUCUCUGCCUUCUCUGGCACUGAAAAGUAUGUGCCAGGAGAAAGAGUGGGGUAAAAAAACAAGGCCCUAAAACUAAAAAACAGUCAAUCAACUGCUGUCAUAGGUUUGUGGUUGGCGAGUGUGCAAAGCCUGUGUAUUUAUCUAACAGGUCAAAUUCUAAAGAUCUACUCUGAAAUCUCCAUUGCCAUAUCUUUAAGGUAACCCAAGUGACUAUAGAAGACACAUUGCAAAGAAAUGGACAGAUUGAUUUUCUAAGAUUGUAUGAAAACUAUCGUUGAUUGUGAAAAUCUAGGUAAAUCUUCCAAUUUCACCAUUCAAAAAUAUUGAAUGUCUUCAUAAUGGCGAGAACAACCACAGCUCUUAGAAAUGUUACUGUCCUCCGGCUCCUCUCCUCCUUUUCUUAAAUAACUGGAUCCUUUGAGGUGUAAAAGGAUGCCCCUGAUGAAAUCAGAUCAACACUCUUCUUUGAUGAAUGUAGGGCACAAACCAACACAGGCCUUCUUAAUGUGUAUCAUCAUCAGCCGCUCAGUCUUUUGGGACUCAAUGUAAAACUGUAUUACAAGGGGGCACAGCCACUCUGCUAUUCGUCACAUAGUAAGAAAAUGUCUCAUUCUGCUGUUCAUUUAGAGUCUGUCUUGCUCUCUAAUACAAACGCUUUGUCUUCUGGCCUACCUAAAGUCAGCUGUAGACAUCUGGAUGAUUGUUUUCUUACUACUUCUGACUUAAUCUAACUGGAUCAUUCAAGCUUUUGGACCUCAGGAGAGCACGUUAAAAAAAAAUUCUCAAAUAUUUUUCCUUCCCAUUUGCUUUAAUGAAGAAUGAAUGAAAAAAAUGAAAAAGCAACAAGAUUCCAGAACAUGCAGUUGAUUUUUCCAUUAAAUGUGCUCUAAAUAGUGAAGGUCUUUUUACUCUGUUUAGCUAUAACUGGUAAAAAGGAAAAAAGUUUAGGCAAAUUUAAUAUACUGUAUAUUUGAAUGCUGUUUAUUGCUCGUUCUUUAAUUUUUGACAAUUAUUUGUAUAUUGUGAAGAUUUGUAAGCGAUGAAUAAGCUACCCUGCUGCUUCAAUCCUUGAGCUGGAUGUCCUGGUGUGAUCUAUGUAUGAAAAGGACAGGAGAGAGAGUGAGAUGGAUUGCGAGAGACAAUAAAUGGCAAGCGUAUGUGAUUUAACUCGCUUAUUUACCCUGAGCUGAAUGAACAAUUGUCCUGCGGGAGCAAAUAGUGAUAUACCUAUAGUGAUCACCAACAUAUAGUGAUAUAAAACAAACACUAACAGAUAAUGAUAAAAGGCAAAUCAGAUUCCCUGGUGUCUGCAGCCUUAAAUUAUUAUUAUAUUGUUUCUAUUAACUAUGAUCUAUGAAUCGGCUCCAAACAGUCUAACUUGGCCUUAUUCUUUCCUUGAACGGCAUUAGUGGUCUGUCUUUUUGUAUAAAAUGGGCAUUUAGUCUGUUUCUCUUCAUUAAAGCACUAAAGUAACUGAUUCAAUCAGGCCACGAUCUCCUACCUAUGGAGAACUAGAUGAAGUACUCUAGUACGGAUUCGCUGUAAAAUGUUUAUAUUUUUGUAAAGAGCAAAAAAAAAAAAAAAAAAAAAUGGUUGAAUGAUGUUUCUGUGCCAAAUGAAUGGAAGAGAUGUGUGUAGGCUGCAUGUGUGUCUGUUGGUGAGAACAUGAUGGGUAAAUGUAACUGGAUUCUGUGCAAUUUCUAUAGAAUGUUAGGUCACCUAAGGUGUAUUUAUUGGGUAAGGAUUAAGCUAGAGUUAUUUUCUUUUAGUUUCAGAUUUUAUAUUUAUGUUCUGUCAAAGGUGGUAAUUCACUUGUUUGUUUCAUGAAGCACAUUGAAUUUUUGCAUUUUCCUUUGCUGUUUCCAUGUUAAUGUUGGUAGAUUAGUUUUUUCUUCUCCCUAAAUCUUUGAUUACGGAUCAAUCCCAUGUGACUGGAUGUGGAUUAGAAAAAAUAAACUUUUUAAUAAUCUCAA